AAUCCCUCCGCGCAGACUCCGUGCGCUCCGCCUGGGACUGACUCUGACUGGGGGUUGGGUUGGCAAUAUAUCCGGAAGACACCAACAAACCAGCAUUUUGUUCCAUGUUUGCCAAAAGCGGAUAAGUAGGAGUUGUCUUCAUAGUUGACUAGACGUUUUGACUUUAGCCUGUCUUCUUGUUUAGAGGUGUUUUAUACCAAAGAAGCUUCAAUGAGGAAACAGCGUAAGAAAUAGGCAAAGUCCCGAGAGGCAAGAGCAACAGCUCCUCUUCACCGUUCAUUACAGACUACAGAGGUGAAAAGAAAAGGCAGCAUUGGCCUCAAGCGUUGAUACAACAGGUCUAUGAGACGGUGAAUCAUGAGACUAACAGGGCCCCUGAGAGCUGUGGCUGUGCUGCUGCUGGUGGGCCUCACCUGGCUGCUGGCAAACUCCUUAUUCGGAGGGGAGAGCGGCUCAUCCAUGCGCAGUUUCUUCACUGGUGCAAGCGAGAAGCCAACAGCUGCUGAAUCACGCCCUCGGAAGCAUAAAUGUGGACUAUCAGCCCCCUGUCCCGCCAAACAUUUGGCGUUCCGCCUGGUGUCUGGUGCUGCCAAUGUCAUCGGGCCUAAGAUCUGCUUGGAGGACAAGAUGUUAGUGAGCAGUGUGAAGAACAACGUUGGCAGAGGACUAAACAUCGCUCUAGUUAAUGGGGUGACUGGAGAACUCUUGGACACAAAGAGUUUUGAUAUGUGGGCAGGAGAUAUUUCGGACCUGUUGAAGUAUCUUCGGCCUCUUCAUGAAGGAACCCUCGUGUUUGUGGCUUCCUUUGAUGAUGCAGCUACAAAGAUGAACAAUGAUUCGGCGGACUUGAGGGAGCUUUGGGAGCACGGGCAGGUGAAGGAGCUGGCCUUCCAGAGACAGCUGGGUUUGUUGGAGCCAGAGGGCAUUGGAAUACAGAAGCCGCUUGAGCAGUAUAUGACCUCUCAGACCGGCGCGCACCUGCUCAGGAGGCCAGUCUACUAA